AUGAACCUCCGAGAGCACUGGCAGCCAUAUAAAUACCUCAUCGCCGAAAUAAUCAAGGACAAAAACCCCUCUGUCCGCACUGUAAUCAACAAGAUUGAAGAUGUCGGCUCGCAGAGCCAGUUCCGCACAUUCCCCUUCGAAGUUCUGGCGGGCGACAACGACCUCAACGUCAUUCAACACGAACAAGACUGCGAAUUUCGAUUCGACUAUGCCCGUGUGUAUUGGAAUAGCCGCCUGGAGACUGAACAUCGUCGGCUUGUAGAGAAGUUCAAGCCUGGCCAGAUGGUCUGCGACGUCAUGGCCGGCGUCGGCCCGUUUGCCGUGCCUGCUGGACGUAGACGGAUCUUUGUCUGGGCGAAUGAUUUGAACCCGCAUGGCUACGAAGUGAUGCAAGAUGCUAUUCCGCGUAAUAAGGUACAGGACUUUGUCACUCCGUUCAACCAAGAUGGUCGGGACUUCAUCAAAUUUGCGGCCAAGUCUCUCUUGGAGACUGAGCCUACCAAGGUCACCAUUCGGCCCAAGGUCAGCCGGACAAAGAGAAGAAAGACGGAUGAUGGCCAGGAAAGCGAGCAGUCACCUCCCGUGCAGGAAUACAUCCGCCCCUCGAUUGUCGACCACUAUGUGAUGAACCUCCCGGCCACAGCUAUCGAGUUCCUGGAUGCCUUCCAGGGUGUGUACGUCGGCCAGGAAUCACGAUUCGUCCCAAACACCUCUCAAAAGCUGCCAAUGGUGCAUGUCUACUGUUUUUCAGGCCACUCGGAGAAUGAGCUGGACGAUCACAUCGAUAUCUGCCAACGGAUUUCUGAACGCAUUGGAUACACAAUCACCCCCGAGGACUGUGUGGGUGGAAGCGGGAACCCGGCAAUCGAACUGGCUAUUCAUAACGUUCGGCUGGUCAGCCCUAAUAAGCAGAUGUUCUGCGCUAGCUUCCGCGUGCCGCCGGAGGUUGCUUUCCGCAAAGUAUAA